AUGAUCGAGAACAUAAAUUUACCAGUUAAUCUUAUAGUUAUGCUGAUGCAAGAAUACGAUAUUAUAUUGAGGAUGAAUUUGUUAUCUUUAUAUCGGGCAAAAAUCGAUUGUUUUAAGAAGAUGGUCAUAUUAAAUAUCGAUGGGCGAGCACCGUUACAAUUCCAUGGGACGCGAAGGAAGGGAGCACUGGUUAGUUUGUCAGCCAUCUCGAAAGUUGAAUCUCAAGGAGUAGAACAAAUUUUGAUUGUUAAUGAAUUUUCAGAAGUAUUUCAAGAUAUCCCUGGAUUACUGCCAAAGAGAGAUGUGGAUUUCAUAAUUGAUCUGAUACCUGGGACUGCACCAAUCUCCAGAUCACCAUACCGUAUGUCACCUGUUGAAUUGAGAGAAUUAAAGGAGAAGCUUCAGCAGCUCCAAGACCAAGGUUUCAUUAGGGCUAGUACGUCGUCGUGGAGUGCACCGGUGCGACGAAUAAUAGAAGCACAAAAGAAUGAUGCAUGGUUACAAGAGAAAAUAAUAGAAGAAGUGGGAAAUGAUGACUUGGAGUGGCGAGUAGGCUCUGAUGGUGGGGUCAGAUUUCAUGGGAGGUUAUGUGUUCCAAACAUAUCUGAAUUAAAGCAAGAAGUCUUAAAUGAGGUUAAAACGGAGCAUCAGAAGCUGUCGGGACUUUUACAACCGUUACAGGUCACAGAGUGGAAGUGGGAGCACAUAUCGAUGGAUUUGAUUGUCAGACUACCGAAAAUAAGCCGUCAUCAUGAUAUGAUAUGGGUGAUCGUGGAUAGACUAACAAAGUCAGCACACUUCCUUCCUAUACGUAUUUCUUCAUCCUUAAACAAGUUAAGCAAACAGUAUAUCAAGGAGAUCAUUAGGCUUCACGACAUUCUUAUGUCCAUAAUAUUUGAUCGAGACCCCAAGUUUACAUCACGUUUUUGGAAGAGUCUUCAGAAGGCAUUGGGAACGACGCUAAACUACAGCAUGACUUUUCAUCCGCAGACUGAUGGGCAAACGGAGCGGGUAAAUCAAAUCCUAGAAGACAUGCUUCGCAGCUGCAUUCUUGACUUCAAGGAAAAUUGGGACAACCACCUCUAUUUAGUAGAAUUCGCCUACAAUAUUAGUUUCCAGUCCAAUAUUGACAUGGCGCCAUUCGAAGCUUUAUAUGGAAGACCUUGCAGAUCAUAA